UUGUUUACAAAUUUACUAUAAGCGUUCCGAAGGCGAAAAAACAAAUCAAAUUAAUUAUGUUAUAAAGAAUACUUUGCAAUAUGGCUUCGAACUCGCAAGAAGCAGUUUACAAUAGUGAUACCUCACAGAAUGCUGAAAGUACAGUGCUAUUCGACCACGACAACCUUAAAAAGAAAUUUAAUUUGUUUCUCAAAAGAUUAUGUCCAAAAACUGUAAAUCUCGCCAAUCCAUCCUGGGCCUGUGUGAUAACAUACAUCAUAGGCGUUAUAUUAGAGGGUAAGGAGAAGCAGAAAAAUAAUGAAAAAGUGGAUAAUUUGUCAGAGUGUGCGAUGGAAACUUAUGAUGUCAUGAAGAGUGACAAGAAAGAUGUUCUGGUAGUCAAAGGGAACAGCCCCAAACCUAUCAUUGUCGUACCCAAUGAAGAAUGUUUCGAAUUGCUUGCAAAAAUUCAUUUGGACAAUGAUCAUGCUGACUAUGAAACAAUGUUGAAAUUUGUAAGCAGCAAUUACUUAAUAAGCGAAGAAAACUUAUCAUUAUUCAUGAAACUGUGUAAUGUUUGCACCAAAAGCGAGCCAUUUGUCAAUCACUGUUACUACAUUUUUGUUAUGGAUUUAACUGACUUUGAAGAUAAACCGUACAGAUAUAUACUAACACUUGUUGAGAUAUCUACACACUUUGUUCAUUUACGACCUCUAAUUUUUGAUUCAUCUUCAGAAAUAGCAAUAGAGUUAUUAAAAAUAUUCAGUGACUUUGGCCCCCCAAUAACAUUAAAAACAACUACAAUCAAGUUUGAUUUUUUCAUAUCCGUAAAUGCAAAACUUAUACAAAUGUGUCCAGAAUUUAAUGUGCUCAUUGAAAAAACUGAGUGGACCAAUACGGAAAACUUUUAUAAAUCAAUUAAGCACGAAUUAUAUGAAUGGAUGGUAAUGACUGGAUGUUCAAAUUGGGCGACAGGAUGUCGUAUGGUGCAGUGGCGAAUGAAUAAUAUAUCAAACAGUGAAAACAGAACCCCUUUCAGUCUAAUCUUUGGUGUUCAUGCUAAUUAUUCACUAUACACCAAUCCUAUCUGGCUAUGUGUCAACGAAACAACAAGUGAUGUUAAAAAAUUCAAAAGUAAAUUUUGUAUAUUGGAAAGAAAGUCUAUUCCCGAGGUGUCAAACUUUAUUGUGAAACGUGAAGCCACAGAUAAUAAAGAUGAACUCAUGGCAGAUCGUCAAAAUUCGACGUGUCAUAUUUGUCAUUAUCCAAUUACUAUGACACCUUCAUAUUGUACGACUUGUCAAUCUACAAUACAUUCAUUUUGCGGGUAUAGGUAUAGUGGUAAAAUGAGUAUAGUGUUAAUUAUGUGUGCAAAGUGUAAGAAGAAAGUCUAAAUAUCACAUAACUACUUUUAAACGUUCACUUUGCAUAAUUACAUACUAAACAAAAGGUAUUAAACGCGCACAUACCUUUUCUAUUUCCCAUACAUUUCCAACCUUUUUACAAAGGUCCGAGAACCAAAACCUAUGGGAAAUAAAAAAGGUAUGUGCAUGUUUAAUACAUGUUGUUUUGUAUAUCUAUCAAGUAAUGUUCACAUUUUGGAGGACACAUGAGUGCUAUAUAGCAGUUUUGUAAUUUAUAUUUCAUUGUAAUGUAGGUAGGUAGGAAAUAAAUUAAAUUUUGUAAUUAGAAUAUGUUUGAAUGCAAAGCUAGGUACUGUCUUACCCAAAUAACAGAUAUAUAAUAGUUUAUUGAAAUAUUCACACUUAGACUUCGCCCGCCUUUAUUUCAUGUUCCAAUGAGUUUUAGGAAAUGGGUUUAUAUUUUCUUUUUAUGCAUCUGUUUAGAUACGUAAACAUCAGUUUAAAGAUAGUUAUUAUAUACAUUUGACAUUAUAAUGUAAUUUAUGAUUUAUGGGUCAUUUUCAUCUGCAGUGUAAAAUGAUCAAGUCUUUCUUAUAAAUCUUUUUGUUUCGCCUCUAAUUAAUUAGUUUUUAUUCUUACAUAUUACUAAUUUAGAUUUCAGAGCUUAAAUAAACGAGGGUAAACCACCCCCUGAAAAAAAUAAGCAUCCACGUGCUUGACAACUUGCUCACGUUUUUGACUUUCAAGGGAAAUAGACGCCCACGUACACCACAUUUUUUACUAUGGCUUUCAAUUUCUACGAAAUAUGUUAGAUUUGCAACUUCUGGAAUACUAUAUAAAAGAAAACAAUGAAAUUAAGAAGCAUGUAUUUAUUAUUUAGAAAAAUCAUUAAACAAAACCUUGUUUGUUUCUACUAUAAUUGGUAUGUUACCUAGAACAAUAAUUAGUUGUUGGCAUUCUUAUUACCUAAUAUAACUCUCAUUUAUUCUAUAUUC